CCCAACUCACUAAGUUGUCCGGUGCCAAUAGCAAACCAAAACAAACUCAUAGCAAGAGUUGCGUUCGACGAGAGGAACAGAUCGUUUAAAUUUCUGCGGUGCUGUAGUGGCGGAUUUAAAUAUAAGAAGCAACGGGAUCUAACCUUCAGUCAGUGCAUAAGGCGGUCAUUCUAUGCAAAGGCGGUAUGAUAUUUUCUCAAGCGAGCUGGAUGUUCAUGAUAACAACGAUUCUACUCUGAACUGUUGUACAUAUAUUUCAACAUUUUACAAUCAAUUAUACUAAAGGUGUUGAAAAUCAAUUCUACUGUGUCUGUUAUACUAUUUAUGUGAAUAACACAUGAUUUACAUAACAUAGCCGAUGCUUUCAGAGGUGGUGUUUGAUAGAUAGAUAAACAUUAGAUGUUGUGUUAAAAUUCAUACGUCUUGUGGAUACAACGCGCUGUUAUCUUCACCCUCAAGUGCAUUAUCUUUUAGAACCGUCGACAAAGAGCCGGCAAAAAAAAAUGCCAAGGCACUAUUAGAGUGAGAUUUUUCGAAGCACGAUAGCCGUUUGGAAGAGCUUGCCACUAUUCAAACAGCUUACGAGGCAAUCAUGUUUGCUGCCACGUCGGAUUACAGAAACUUUGCUCUGUAACGGCAAAGUGUUAGGCCAUACCAGCUCCGAAAAAAGUGAGUGCAAGUGGUAUCUACAAGCAAGACACUGACAAAGAAAAACCUCUUCAGGAUGGAUAGGGGCAAUCCUUACGUGUGGAUAAGCUCCAAAAUGCUUAGAAACCCUCUCAGCGCGGGCUCAGAGAGGCCUCUCACUACAUCGUCAGCAAUAAGGAGCCACACACCAAACUUGACUUCGAGUGGUGGUGACAACAACCACCUACGGCGUGUCAAAACCGCCACGUCUAGAGACUGGUUCCAGACGUCUGUCCUGCCGGAGUAUAUCCGCCAAGGGGGUCAGAGGGGUCAGGGCAGACACUCCGGUAGACAAUUCUGCGUGGUGCAGGAGAGACAAGGCUUAACAACUCCACACGAAGACAACGGAGAUGAUUGUCUUGGACGAAAUCCCUCCUCCGCGGAUCACACAAAACGUUAUAAUGAAAGAUCGUGUCUCUCGCGGCGUCAAGAGCGCAGUAACUCAGACAAGGGUAGCAGGCUCAAAAAUGAAAACACCCCUGGAUCUGAAAGGGUCUACGCCUUUGCACCGCAAAAUCCUCGAACAAUGAUAUCGUCCCCUGACACAGGGGCUGCAACUCGUAAUUACUCCCCGCGGCCAAGAAGUCCGUUAUGUCAGUUUAAUACACCACAACUUACCGGAACCCCAACCCACAAUCGCUUCGUUUCUCGAGACAAUACACCUACAGGUGACAAGACCCAGGAGUUAACUCCCCUCAUUGAUAGGGCCUGGUAUCGCCCCCUUGCGGCCAAUCCGACUCGACCCCCUUCUCUCCGGCCGUUCUCUGUUCCACACAGACACACCCGAGCGACAGCCCAACAACAUACUGGACUCAGGCUGAGCAGAAAACGCCAACAGAGCGCUCACGGUCCAUUAUCGUCUGCAUCACCCGCUAGUGAGGACAGUGCCUACCGGGACAGCCCAGGAAGCAGCAGGCGACAGAGCCCUGUGAGGACACGCGCCCGACCUCCCCCAACAACGAUAGCUACAACUAUAAGACCCCUCACAGCCCUCAACAACGCUUUCAGAGCAAAAAGCUACCUGGCAGGACGGGUGAUGUCCAUGUACCAGGGACGUCGAGCCAUGUCUGCAGCAGCUCAAGCAUCUGCGGCCACUUGUGCUGGACACUUGGACUCAGCUGACGUCAACGGCUCCUCUCAUGGUCAGUUGUCUUCCCGAUCACAGGACUCCGGGGAAAGACAUACUUCUUUGAAUCUUACUCCUCUGGCUAAGUUCCGGAUGGUAGUGCACAUCGCCAUCCGACUCCGGCGUCUGAUGGAUGUGAUCAUGACCAACACUCGCGAGAAGACGGUACGCUCGGCCACAGAGCUACAGUGGAUGACGUUGUACGCAGAACGUGAUGACGACAGCUUGGCCUUUAACAAACACCUGUACUCCAGAGAUCGGGUCAUCACGCAUGUCCCGGACUGGGCACUAGUCAUCCUGCAGCUACGGCCCGAGCACAGAACCGAGCAAGAUUGCCGCCGUCUCCAUGCUCUGUUGCGAGGCCUGAAGAGUUUUGAUAAGUUUACAGAGGAGAUCCAGAUGUCCCUGUGCCGUGCUUUCACGUUAGAGAGGAGUUAGCCUUACUACAAGACAUCACUCGUACGGCGACAGUGUCUGUGAGAGAGAAAUGUGAGCUGCUGGUGGUGGAGAAAGAUGUAUUUGCCAGUGUGUGCCCCCAGAUAUUUGAGAAACAGUUGGCAGAGAAACAGGCCUUCCUUAGCAAACUGGAUCUCUUUUCAACAAGCUGGUGGAGUCAGGAGUCCCUGAGAGCUCUGAGCAUGAACUCUCAGAUACAAGAGUACAAGACCAACAAAGUGAUUGUUGCGGACAACUCCAUGGAAGAUUGGAUUUACGCUUGCAUGGAGGAUCUGCCGUCAGUCUUCCAAGAAGAAUCAGACGUUGAGAGCGCAGCGAGCGCCUUGAUGCUAGUGAGUGGCGGCGCUAAGAUCUUCAAAAUGAAGAAAGCCGCUUUCUUUGACCAGGCUUCGCAGCAGGCCCUCGACCACACGCGCACACUUGCAAGCAAACAAGG